CUCUGUCUUUUCCUCCUUUCCUCCUUCCCUCCUGCUCACACCUCCCCAUCGCAGCUCAUCAGCACAGCAUCUUCCAUCUUCAAAAUGGCCUCUUUCCAGGAUCGUGCUCAGCACGCCAUUGCCCAGCUUGACAAGGAGCUCUCCAAGUACCCUGUCCUCAACAACCUGGAGCGCCAGACCUCCGUCCCCAAGGUCUACGCCGUCCUGGGCCUGGUCGGUGUCUACUUCUUCCUGGUCUUCUUCAACAUUGCCGGUGAAUUCCUCGUCAACUUCGCUGGUUUCAUCAUCCCUGGCUACUACUCCCUGAACGCUUUGUUCACCCCCCAGAAGUCCGAUGACACGCAGUGGUUGACGUACUGGGUUGUUUACGGUUUCUUCAUCGUUAUUGAGAGUGCCAUCAGUGCCCCUUACUGGUUCCCCUUCUACUACAUCUUCAAGUUCGCCCUUGUUCUCUGGAUGGCUCUUCCCCAGACCAACGGUGCUCAAAUUGUCUUCCACUCCUUCAUCCAGCCCGUGCUUGGCCGUUUCUUCCAGGGCGGUUCCACCUCGGCCAACCUCCGUGCUCAGGCCGAGGCUGCCACCAAGGCCCAGUAAAUUACUGGCCUGUGAGUUCGAGUGAUUCGUGGCUUGUUUUUCGAUCAGCCAUGGAGUCGGUCGUUUCUCGGAGUGCUCGGUGGAUUUGUGGAAAGUAAACGGAGUCAUCGCACGAGGGCUUUGUGGAUAUGUUGGAAAAACGACGUACGGAUGAGGUGAUGAUGCUGAGGCCAUGUCGGGCGAAGUUGGGGCCAUGAUUGCUAUUUAUGUUGUUCCUGUUGCCAUGACUUGAUUUUAAGUAGAAUUGCUGGUGAAAUUUUUUGGUGGAUGAUGGACAUGACAGAACUGGGUGGUUCUUAUUCCAUGGGCAG